GGCUUAGAAACCUUAGAACAAAAAAUAAAACAUUUUGUGUGGUCUAUACCAAAUAACAUUAUUAAAUCAAUCAACCUCAUUUUUUGCGACCUCGUGCUUCUCGUGAUGCUGCUUUGAGAAAUUUGACCAGCAAGAAAAUCUCUCUCUCAACAUGGCGACAACGGGAAGUAGCAUUUCAGAAACACCUCUAUUACUCGCAACUGAUGAUGAUAACGGAAACCACAAGACAGAGAGAUGGUGGAACAAAGUCUUGGACAUGGAGGAAGCCAAACAUCAACUCAUGUUUUCACUGCCAAUGAUUCUUACAAACUUGUUCUAUUACUUAAUCACUUUGGUUUCUGUCAUGCUUGUUGGUCACCUUGGUGAGCUUCAGUUAGCCGGUUCAACUCUCGCUCAUUCCUGGUUUAGUGUCACCGGCUCCGCUGUUAUGGUUGGUUUAAGUGGUUCACUAGAAACACUCUGUGGACAAGGAUUUGGUGCAAAGGAAUAUCAAAUGUUGGGAAUUUAUUUACAAAGCUCCUGCAUUAUAUCUUUUAUUUUUUCAAUCAUUAUAUCCGUUAUUUGGUUCUAUACAGAACACAUUCUUGUGUUUCUUCAUCAAUCACAAGACAUUGCUAGAACAGCAGCACUCUAUAUGAAGUUUCUUAUACCAGGAAUAUUUGCAUAUAGCUUCUUGCAAAACAUCUUGAGGUUUCUACAAACACAAUCUGUAGUCAUGCCACUGGUUUACCUUUCAGCUAUUCCAGCAUUGCUUCAUGUGGGAAUUGCUUAUGGGUUUGUUGAAUGGGCAGGUUUGAAUUUCAUAGGUGGACCUAUUGCAACUUCUGUUUCAAUGUGGAUAAUAAUGACAUUGUUAGGCUUAUAUGUCUUGUAUGCAAAGAAGUUCGAGAAAACAUGGAGAGGAUUUUCAAUGCAAUCAUUUCAUUACUUGUUUGCAAACAUGAAACUUGCUCUGCCUUCUGCAGCAAUGGUGUGUUUGGAGUAUUGGGCCUUUGAAAUUAUGGUUUUCCUAGCUGGAUUACUGCCUAACUCACAAAUCACAACUUCAUUGAUUGCAAUAUGUGCAAACACAGAAUCAUUUGCUUACAUGAUCACUUAUGGUCUUGGUGCAGCUGCAAGCACAAGAGUUUCCAAUGAAUUGGGAGCAGGCCACCCAGAAAGAGCUAAACAUGCAAUGAGAGUCUCUCUAAAGCUCUCUCUUCUCCUUGGAUUGGGUUUUGUUUUGUUACUUGUAUUUGGUCAUGAUUUAUGGAUUCAACUGUUUAGUAAUAGUCCUGUUAUCAAAGAGGAGUUUGCUUCAAUAACACCCUUGCUUGCUAUUUCCAUAUUACUAGAUUCUGUCCAAGGUGUCUUAUCGGGAGUGGCUAGAGGAUGUGGUUGGCAGCAUUUAGCUGUUUAUGUCAACCUUGCAACUUUUUAUCUCAUUGGAUUACCAAUUUCAUGUCUCCUCGGAUUUAAGACCAAUUUGCAAUAUAAGGGUUUAUGGAUCGGUCUGAUUUGUGGCCUUGUGUGUCAAACUGGGACACUCUUAUUUUUGACAUGGCGUGUCAAAUGGACUAAACUGAAUCUCUCAGAGGACAAAGUUAAAGACCAGCCUAUUGUUGUUUAAAAAAAUGAAUGUCUGCCAAUUAGAAUUCAAUAAGUAAGUGUUUGGAACCACAAUGAUAUCUGCGGUAGAUUACAUGGUGUUGACGAAACUAUAACUUGGAGCUUUAGGUUCAGCGUCCAGUGAAGACUCUUCAAACGAUGAUUACAUCUUGGAAUAAUCAUGAAUUUUGUAUCUAAAAUUAUGUUCCAAAUAAAAAUACAUUUUUCUUUCUGUCAGAAAGUAUUCUUCCUCAACUCAUGUUUUCACUAAUGAUUCUUACAAAAAUAUUAUAUUACUCAAUCACUAUGGAUGGUUUCUGUCUUAAUUGUUAGUUAGCUGGUACUUUACAAUUUUUGCAUUAUUUUUUUCCAUUUCAAUAGAUGUUGAUAUGAACAAUGAAUUCUUGUAUGUGUUCAAUAAUUAAAUACAGCCAAUAAAAAACAUUAGAUACAAUGUUAUUAAAUAACUUCAAUAUGAUAUUGGGUGAUUCUGCCGGUGGUUAUGUAUUUGAGAGAAUAUUUGUGUGUGUGGAAGCAUGUAAGGCGGCAUUUGCAAACACGUACAGACCUCUAACUGGGUUAGACGCAUUUUUUUUUAAAAAUGGGACUUCGAUGGUCUUUUGAUUGCUGGUGUUGGUAAGGAUGAAAAUAACAAAAUGAUGCCAAUAGCGUAUACGGUUGAAGGUGAAAUAAAGGACUCGUGGCAAUUGUUCCUAAAGUUAUUACUUGAUGACUUGCAGCCCAUCCAACACAAACUUUAUGGAUUUAUCUCAGAGAUUAACAUAAGGUAUAUUUUAUCAUUAUGUUAUCACAUGUCUUCCAUUAUGCUACCAUUAUAUUACCUUAAUUUAGGUAUUAGUACUGGUUAUUUUAGAUACAAGUCAAUAUGUUAAACAUAGAUUAUGUGUUAAAUGUUUAUAUUGCAACUAGAGGAAGAAAUAUCAUGUGAUAGAGAUGAUUGAAACUUUAUGUUGGGCAGCUAUGGUCGCAACUACUACUAGAAUUUAUUCAAGGUGUCUUAUCAGGUUUGAAUUUAUCAUCUCUUUUCACUUAAGCUGUCUCUAAAACAUGAUCAUUAUCAAAAUAAUCUAAGGGGGCAAAUGUCUUAAAUACUGCAGGGGUGGUUAGAGCAUGUGGUUUGCAGCACUUAGCUGUUUAUGUCAACCUUGCCUCUUUUUAUCUCACUGGUCUGCCGAUUUCAUGUCUACUUGGAUUUAAGACCAAUUUGAAAUUUAAGUAGGGUUUAUGGAUUGGUAUGAUUUGUGGGCUGGUGUGUCAAGCUGGGGCACUCUUACUUUUGACAAAGCAUGUCAAAUGGACUAAACUGAAUCUCUCAAGGGACAAAGAUAAUGACCAACCUAUUGCUGUUUGACAAUUGAGUAUGUGCAAACUAUAACUCGGAUAUUCAGGCUCGGCGUGCAGUGAAGACUUUUGAACGUUGAAGCAAACACAGGCUAAAAGUAUGAUCACAAAUUGUUGUAAACAUGUAUAGCAAAGAAGCUCUUAAAAUAUACAGGCUAUCAGUAUUUGUCCAAAAGUCCUCAAUAAACUUGUUCCCUUUUUUCUCUUAUUGUAAGUUGUAACCAUCUAAUAAAUAAUAAAUAAUAUCAAUAGAUUCAACCAAUUCUCUCAUCAGAAAACUUAACUAAUGUAAAUAAAAUUGACUCAACCAUCCCAUACAUGGAUCACUAAUUUAUGUUACCAAAAAAUUUGUUAGCAAAAAGUAAAGCAAAGCACAACUCUUCCA